GGCUCUGUGCGUAACGUGUGUAGGCUAUGCAGACCCAGAACUCAUCGCUUAACGGACUAAAGAAAGGAUGAGGGUUUGAGAAAACACCUUAUCGUUACCGAAUACCGUGACGGAAGUGUAAUGCAACAGUGAAGAUAUCUUGUCGCUCGCGACAUGCGGAUGGCGCGUUAGGUGAAACUGUAAACUAAUGUAUGUCCGGUCAGCUGUUUUUAUUUACCGAGAGACAGCAGCAUCACCGGGACGUGUGCACGAGACCACAGACUAGCCUAUACCGGCGAUCCGGACACCCACAAACGGGCAGGACUAAGGGAGAGGACACAGAGAGAGAAAAUAAAAGAGUGUGAGAGAGAGAGAUGGAGUUUAAGCAGCUGGUGGAGGUGGCGGAGAAAUGGUGUUCGUCGGUUCCGUUCGAUCUGAUCUUCGCGGAGGAGGAUGAUGAGAGAAGACUGGACUUCUACGCAGAACCGGGAAUCUCUUUCUAUGUCCUUUGUCCCGAUAACAURACGGGAGGGAUCGACCAUUUCCAUGUAUGGAGUGAGAGUGAGGACUGCCUGCCAUUCCUCCAGGUAGCUCAGGACUACAUCACUUCCUGUGGAAAGAAGACACUUCUGGAGGUCCUGGACAAAGUGUUGACUUCCUUCAGACCUGCAAGUACAUAGAUAACGUUAUACACA